CCGGGAGGCGGGGAAGCCGAGUCAUGUGCAGCUUGGGGCGGGGAGCGGAACCAGCGCUUGCCGUUGUUGGGGUCUGAGACAUGGAGCGCUGGUGCUGUGUGGUCGCUGCCUCGCUGCUUCUGCUGGGGCUGGUCGCCGGUGAGCCGGUGAAGUACCAGGACUGCGGUUCUGAAUCAGGGAAACUUCUUGUUGUGGAUGUCAGUCCCUGUCCCUCCCUACCAUGCAAACUCAUCAAAGAAAAAACCUACGAUGUUAAUGUCACCUUUGUGAGCUUAACUGACAGCGUAUCGAGUAAGGCGGAGGUUCGUGGUAUCCUGGCUGGCGUUCCAAUUCCUUUUAAUCUCCCGAAUGAUGAUGGGUGUCAAUCUGGCAUUCGUUGCCCUAUUCGAAAAAAUCAAAAAUGCAACUACAUUAAUACCUUGCUGAUAAAAUCUAUGUAUCCCUCAAUUAAAUUGGAGGUUGAAUGGAUGUUGAAGGAUGAUAAAGGCAAAAAGAUCUUCUGCUGGAUAAUUCCUGUUGAGAUCUCCAGCUAAACCACCAGCUCCAAGAGCAGCUGACACUCUUAUUUGAAGAUCGUGUCAUCAGCUGUACCAUAGGAAUCUAAACCAAAUUUUGGAAAAUGAGAACUUUUUCGUUUUAAACGUGCACAAAUUUGUACCUAUAGAGCAUAAUUUUUUAGAAUUUGUAUGAUCUGCUCCUGACUUUAAUAUGGAUCAAUUUUGUAAACUAAUCUGCAUGAGCCAAUAAAACAUAUUAUUACA